GCGACCCGCGCCCCACUUCGUCUUCUCUUCCGUCUUCCCCUCAAAAUCAUCAUGCAUUCAAGGUGUUCGACGGUUUGGGCUGCGCUAGCAUGGUUCUGUUGAUUACGAUGUACAUUUCCUUGCCACAAAUCGUUGCUUGCCUUUCCUUCUUACACGAAAUGAUAAGCGCGCUUUCGAGAGAAAAAAAAUCCUGUGGAUAUUGGUUGGACUCCCUGUCGGCAUCGAUUUCGCCUGGAAGAUAAACUAAUAGAUUAGUGAAGUCGCACGCUCUGUUCAAGUUCUUGCUUAUUUGUUUUAGCUGUACGGAUAAGCCAUGGAUGGUUCAGUUUGCUGUCUUACUCUACCUGCUCUGCUACAGCAGUUUCUUGGUUAGUAUAGUUGUUUAAUCUAUCUGAAGCCAUUGUUUUGUUUGCCGAAAUAAAAGACCUUAUUAGCAGCCGAUGGCUGAAGAAUAGUCUCAAACAAGGACAAGUGCUCGUCCAGCUUGUUUUCAGAGAGCUAACCAAUAUAUGAUUGAACAAUACUUUAUAAGAAGGAGAAAUACUUGUCCUGCUUGUUUCAGACAAGUGUACAUGAUGCAUAACCAUCAACCGUUUUCAGCAAUCUCUGCAGGUCCGUCGUUCUCGGCUGCGCCACGACGAAGAAUGGACAGGCUCGACGGCUCUGCCCGUCUUAUGAUCGUUUCGGAUCUCGACCAGACGAUGGUUGAUCACCACGAUCCGGAGAACUUGGCCUUGCUUCGCUUCCAGGCGCUCUGGGAAUCGGAGUACUCCCAGGAUUCUCUGCUGGUGUUCUCCACCGGAAGAACACCGGUCAGUUACAGGGGUCUGAGGAAGAUAAAGCCUUUGCUCACUCCGGACAUCACCAUCAUGUCGGUGGGCACCGUGAUAGCGUAUGGUGAGGAGAUGACUCCUGAUGUUGGCUGGGAGGAAUUGCUGAAUAACAGGUGGGAUAAGGAUAUUGUUGUUCAGGAGACAGCUAAGUUCCCUCAGCUAAAACCUCAGCCAGAGAGGAAUCAAGGUCCUCACAAGGUCAGCUUUUUUGUUGACAAGCAGGGUGCUCAGGAAGUGAUUAAUUCUCUUCCCCAGAAACUGCAGGAAUGUGGGCUAGAUGUGAAGAUAAUCUAUAGUAGCGGGGAGGCCCUAGAUGUGUUGCCACGAGGUGCGGGGAAAGGGCAGGCUCUUGUAUAUUUACUUGAGAAGUUCAAUUUGUGUGGGAAACCACCAAGCAAUGUUCUUGUGUGUGGUGACUCUGGAAAUGAUGCGGAUUUAUUCAGCGUUCCAUCUGCCUACGGUGUCAUGGUCAGCAAUGCCCAAGAGGAGCUUCUUCAGUGGUAUGAAGAGAAAGGAAGGGAUAACUUUAAGAUGAUUCAUGCAACUGAGAGAUGCGCUUCUGGUAUCACGCAAGCUAUUGCACACUUCAAACUAGGACCUAGUGUUUCUGCAAGAGAUCUUGAAUUCCCAUACCUGAAGGUAGACACAAUCAAGCCUGCGGAUGUAGUGGUGAAGUUUUAUGUUCUCUAUGAGAAGUGGCGGAGGGGUGAGGUUCAGAAUUCUCCAUCAGUUAUGCAGUACUUGAAAAGCAUUACUCAUCAAAAUGGCACACUGAUACAACCUUGUGGAACUGAGCGGUCACUUCAUGCAUGCAUUGAUGCACUGAGUUCAUGCUAUGGUGACCAACAAGGAAAAAAGUUCCGAGCAUGGGUGGACCGCCUUGUUUCAUCACCGAUUGGUACAAGUAACUGGUUGGUGAGGUUUGACAAUUGGGUGAUGGAAGGUGAUGCGCAAUAUUGCUGUCGGACAACUCUUCUGGUGAAUAUGAAGCCUGAGACUCCAGAGGGCUUGGAACUGACACACAUCCACAAGACUUGGCUUGAAGAAUAUUCUGCAGGGACUGAACAUACCUUCAUCUUAUAGAUCAUCUAACCACUUGCAGUAUAUGCACGGGAUCUCUGGAAGUCAAGAUAGAAUGACAAAUAUACUAGUUCUUGUGUAAGUGGAUCUCACGGCUGAUUCGAACUGCUGUACUAUUGUGGUUCUCCCAGAGAGGGUCUAUCCUCAUAUCGAUUUCGUGCGCAAAGAAGAAUUGUUCAACGAUUCUAUCUCAUGAACUUGAUGCUCGCGAGCUGGUGCAAGUGGGCACCAAACCUUGCCCGUGACAGUUAAAGGUGGCAAUCCGUUCCUCCGCAAAUAACUCUAACUUUUCCAAAUGUGUGGGAGCAUACAGCUUGUCAGCAGUGUCUUUCCAGGGUACUGCAGCAACUUUUUUGUAUGUCCAAAACAAAUUUAAGAAAUAAAAUUUUAUUUUCAGCUA